AUGGCGGACAAAAUGGCGGACAAAAUGGCCGCCGAUGGUCCAAUGGACGCUAUGAUCGAAGAAUUUAUUCGGAUGAUCUGGGAAAAGGACGUCAUCACAGUCGUUAUGGUGACAAACCUCGUCGAGCUGGGAAAAAUCAAAUGCCUGCCGUAUUGGGGGGAGAUAAAUGUGGAGAAGGAGAUUGGUAUGUUUGUGGUGGUGCUUACGGCAGAGCAGGAGAAAAGCGACUUCGUCGUCAGGGAUCUUAAAGUGUUCAAGAAGACAAACCGGGACGUUGCACGAAGUGUCCGUCAGUUCCACUACACACCUUGGCCGGACAAGGAUGUGCCGGACAGCCCUGCCAGCCUGCUUAUGUUCUGGUACACCGUCCGCGCGUACGAUCCCCGACGUGCCGGACCAUGGCUUGUGCAUUGCAGCGCUGGUGUUGGACGAACCGGGACGUUUAUUGCGAUGGAUAUUCUACACAGCCAGGGCAACCAGACUGGCGUCAUUGACGUAGUCCAGUGUGUGACCAUUCUCAGGGACCAACGCGUCAAUAUGGUCCAAACACUCAGUCAGUACAAAUUCCUACACGAGGUAAUGUACGAGGCUCUGGUGCUGUCUUCUUGGCCAGUCCCAGUUUACGAGUUUGCCAAAGAACACCAACGCCUUCUCCAGGUUGACCCAGUCCUCAACAAGACAAACAUUCUUCUAGAGUAUGAGAAUGAGAAGGCAUACCAGACAAUGGUGUUGUCCAAAGUUCGCCUGGACUCGGAUAGUCAGGAGAUUGACGCUUUUCGUUUCGCAAAGCUGCCGGAGAACGUCGGCAAAAAUAGAUCGCAGUCCGUACUUGCCCAAAAUAUGUACCGACCUUUCCUUCGCACGCCAGUAAGCGGUCGCAACGACUACAUCAAUGCUGUUUACAUUCCGGUAAAUGAUACAAAUCCGGAGAAUUCCGGAAAAUGUUACAAUUUGUUGCUUAUAAUUAAGUAA